AUUCGAAUCACUAGCCCAAUGUCGGUGCCUACAUAUUCAUAAACCAUCUCAUCCGUUAUCCGUUGUAGUGAUCAGUUAGUGCCAUGUACAAUCGCCACAUCGCCCACUUAUCGGCCGUGCAGGCCAACGAUACGCGCCAUAAUGCCACGCUGCGUUUCCAGAGUCGUCCCACGGAUAACGUCUACUCGGAUCCACGCCUCGAGCAACUGAUUGUCUAUCGGGCUUUGUUGCAGCACCUGCUGCAACAGAAGGAUCACUAUGAUCACGAACGGGAGCUGGAACUCCAGCGUCUCGAGCGCUUUCGCAGCGAGGGAGCCAACGAGCGCCGUUUGCAGAUCCAGGAGCAAGUGCUCAAAAAGGCACAGGGCAUGCUGCCUGGCAUCGUUUUCAAAAUGCGCAACGAGGUGGACAAGCUGAAGCGCUUCCUCGACAUCGACAAGCAGCAGGAGCUGCGCCAACUGGACACCGCCCUCUACGACAACUGCGUCGAGCUACUCAAUAACUGUCAAUCUUCUCUGGAAAACAUUAAUUGAGCUGCCAAGUUAAAUUUCAACAUUCUCAUUUGUCAAAUUAAAUAGUGCAAAC